AUGCGUCUGAACCGCGCCGCCCGUGUGCUCAUUGUCGGAGCCCCCGGCGUCGGCAAGGGCACCCAGACGGAGCGCCUGCUCAAGCGCUUCCCCCAGCUGCAGGCCAUUAGCACCGGCGACCUGCUGCGGACCAAUGUCAAGAAGCGCACGCCACUCGGCAUCCAAGUUGAAAGCAUCAUGAAGUCGGGCGGCCUCGUCGCCGACAACCUCAUGCUCCGCCUCAUCUCCAACGAACUCCAGCACAGGGGUUGGCUCUACGGCCACCGCCCCAACGUCAUGACGCUCUCCGCCAUGGCCGCCGACGCGUACGACAGCGGCGACUCGCUAUAUACAGAUGCAUUCGCCCACGCAGACACCGACAUGGGCCCGCCGCCGCAGGCCUCUGAAGAUCCGGCCGCAUCAUUUAUCCUCGACGGCUACCCGCGCAAUGCCGCACAGGCCCUGAGCCUCGACAGCAUCGUUCCCAUCAACCUGGCCGUCGCCAUCAAGACGCCCUUUGACGUCAUCCUGGAGCGCAUCGCCGGGCGGUGGGUGCACGAGCCCUCGGGCCGCGUCUACAACACCACGUUCAACAAACCAAAGGUGGCGGGCGUCGACGACGUCACGGGGGAGAAACUCGUGCAGCGUCCCGACGACAACGAGAAGGUGUAUCGCGCGCGCUUCCAAAAGUUUCAAGAGACCAGCGAGCCGCUGCUGGAACACUACGCCAAGAAGGGCGUGCUGAUCGAGGUCGAAGGCAUGAGCAGCGACGAAAUCACCCCCAAAUUGUACAAGGAGUUUGAGAAUCAAUUUGUUGGCUGA